AUGUCAGAACCAGAGACUUUCAAUUUGAAGCGUCGCAAAUUAGCGAGUGGCAAUCAGCCCAUAACGUGGAACAUUUCGAGUACUGUCAGGGGCGAUAAUGGAGGCGAUACAAUGGAUAGCAAGGGCUACGUCAAGACCUCAAAUCAAGCUCAAAGCAUCGGCAAGAUAGAUCUUCCAGACAGCGCUUCCAUUGACCGCCCUGAAAACUUCGACAAUCGUAACGCGAAUCCGCUGUCGGUAUCGGACGCCGACCGAUGUCUCUUAACGCAGGAACUUUCUUCCGAGGCUUCAGUAGAACCAUGCUAUCUAUUGAACCAGCGUCUGUGGAGUCACGGUGAUCUGCUGACACGUUUGGAAUGGGCCUGGGGGAUGGAAUACAACUCACUUGACCCGACAUCAGAAUCGAACAAAAUUUACCUACGGCGUGACUGGUUAAAGUCGUUCGAUAGUGAACGAUGGCUACUUCUUCCCACACCCGAGAUGGCGAAGAAAGUCAGUGCUCACCAGGACAGUUUCAUGAGGAACUUAGCAACUCAAUCAAGUCUACCUUCGAUUGAGAUGAUCUACGACGGCGCCGAAACUUUCGAAUAUCGGAUGCUAUCGCUGGAAGACGUGGAACUUCGAUCAUUCAAUCGGAUUGAUCGGCACGACUCAACGAGUGGGAGAAGCUUGCCAAGCAAGAGAACUGCUGCCGAUCAGCAAUCGACUCGACAUUAUCCUCCAUUCUAUACAUUACCACCCCUUAUAUCUCGCGCAAAACCUCACUUCGUCAUCUGCGACGCCGCUGCGAAGUUAUAUCAACGGUGGACUACUGGGCCAGACUUUGCCGCGAAGUUGAGGCCGCAUAUAAGGCUUGGUUUACAUGUGACGUCCCUUCAAGAUUUGCUUCGACCCCCCGCGUUCUUGUCCUGA